UGUGGGGAAGUCAACUACCAAUUUCUUCCCAAAUUUUUUCUUGUUGCCCUAAAAAUCUUUUAUAAAAUGUUCCAAUUAAACUAUUAUACUUUAUUCCCCGUAUUCAUCUUAUUGUUUUCCCUGCAUCUCAGCAUAAUUCAUGGAAGUGACAAGAUUGUGGAAAACUUUCAUGACUUUUCCGAAUCGUUGGAAGAGUCAUUUUCAGAGUCGCCUGAAGCAUCAGAAACCAGACCUGGAGUGCACUUUUUUAAUUCGUUUGGAGUGGGAUACACUUUAGCAAAUAUUCAAGAGGGAGUUUGGAACAUUUCGGCGAAAGGCAUUCCGUCCGCGCUGAAAACGAUGGAGAAAUACAUUCCAGACGAUUACGGACAUCUCCUGCGGCUGUUCAAAAAGAGCAAAUUCAAAAUAACAAGCACAAUCUACUCGCGACACGGGAACGGGACAAAGCACCACGCAUCCGCCUUGUCCACUCUUAUGAGCCAUCUCAUUACGUUGGACUACGUGACAAAUCCGGCCAAAUUUGUCGAUAGUUUCAGCUCUCUAAUGGACACUGGUACGAAGGGUCACCUCGAUAACGAGUUACUGCCCAAAGGUCUCUGGCAGAGCGUGUUUGAUAACACCACUCAAGGCGCAUAUAUCAACACGAUGCACUUUAAAGCCCAACACCCCGUCGCUUGGGUGAAAGUUGGAGAGAAAGCGUUCAACUCGGAGGCUAAAGUUUCAUUCCUUGAAGUGGAAGGAGAAUUCCCACUCUUCGAAAGUGAGAAUGUUACUGUCGUCAUUGUGGAUAUUGGACAAACGCCCCCAAAGCAACUCGUGCUCGCUAAAUCUCGCCACGCCAUGUACAUCCCACAGCUAAAGAAAGAAGUACGUCAGAUUGUGCGAGAUUCAUUCAACAAGUCCCUUUUUGUCCCUACCAUGCUCCGAGUACAAGUCCCUGCCAUCAGUGUUACGAACUUGGCCCGGCAUCAUCUAGGUUUGUCGUUGAUGGGCGUAGACGAGACGUUCUGCAACACAAAUGGGACUGGAGAAUCGUCCGUGCCAGAAGUUAUUCAACAACCCAUCGCUCAAGCAAAUCAUUUCGAAUUUGCUCCGACACACAUCGAACUGACAAGUGCGACUGGCUCCGCCGUUACAUUAAACACGGGUGAGCUGGAUCACAAUUUGGAUGAGGAAUAUGAUGAUGAGGACAUCGACUCCAUUUUGGUGAAUGAGGACGAGGAUGAAUUUGACAAUGACGUCUCCUUGUUCCGAGCAGCGUUAAAGUUUGAUCCAAACUCUCACCGAACAAAGACUGCAGUUACUUCGAAACUUUUAAAAAGGCUGCAUCUCCAACCACCAAAGUCUCCCGAUACGUAUUCCGUCUCCCCGUUGACGUAUCACUAUCAAAAACGAGGAAGAAAUCUAAACCUUGCAGGCAGAAACUUAAAAGAAGAACAAUGCAGGAACCCGGAUGACCAAACUUACCAGGUCGUAACGACGGAAGGGACUACACUGGAGAAAAAGUUUGAUUCCGCGAAUCCCAACAACAUUACGAGGACGAUAGCAUUUGAUACUCCGUUUAUGUUUGUCCUUCAGGAUGAAACUUUAGGCGAGACUUUCUCCGGAUUUGUGUCAUCGCUUUGUGAGUAUAACAAGGUGACAAAUUCCCUCAAAACGAGUUCCAUACAUGCUUGGCUGCACGAUGUGUUUAAGGUGGCUUUCUGGAAAUGCUAUUAAAGUUUGAAAAAAAACUCUUAAGUAUUACUUGGAACAGGAAAUAUGUUCUUUUGUUAGAUCUACAUAUUUAAGUAUUUAUUACAUUUUACAUGUUUUAGAAUAAAAUAAUUUAUGAAAUUCAUUAUUUUUGUGUUAUUUGAGAGAUUGUAAGAAAAACUGUCUUCAGAAUUGCUACUUAUUUGUUAUUUUCAAUUUGUCAUCUUGUUUUGGGAUUUUAUACUGUACCACGAUUUUAAAUAUAUUGGAAUUUUCCGUGUCUAUGUACUAAGGCUGAUACCGAUAUGAAUCGAAAGCCUGAGAUAAGGUGAUAAUGAAUGUUACUUCGUCGACGCUAUAAAAAUUGUGACAAAAACUUUUAAGGGAUGAAUGCUCACAAACUCAAUUAUCUAUAACGAGAUAACCAAAAACUUGCAGGUGUUUUUUUUCUACAGAUAUUUACCGGAUAUUAAAAAGUUUAAAUUGGUUCAUU